UUCAGCUAUGGCGUGCCACGUGCUGGCGGUGCCAUAUCCAGGAAGAGGACAUGUCAAUCCGAUGAUGAAUCUCUGCAAAAUUCUAGCUUCUCUAAGGGCACCUAAUGAGCAAGAGAUUCUUAUAACCUUUGUUGUCACAGAAGAGUGGCAAGGCUUAAUCGGCUCCGAUCAAACUAGGCUCAACAGCAUAACGAUCUCUACAAUUCCCAACGUACUCCCGUCAGAGCUAGUCCGUGGGUCCGACUUCCCUGGGUUUUAUGAGGCUGUGAUGACAAAAAUGGAAGCUCCCUUCGAAGUUCUGCUUCAAGAUCUUCAGACGCACGUGACAAUUAUUAUAGCUGAUGCCGAGCUCCAGUGGGCUGUUCCUCUUGCGAAUCGAUGGAAUAUUCCGGUGGCUACUCUAUGGACCAAUUCCGCAUCGGUGUUUUCCAUGUUCCUCCACUUUCAUCUCCUUCGCCAAAAUGAGCAUCUGGGAAUUAAUUUUUCAGAGCAUGGAGAAGAACGCGUGGAGAAUAUCCCUGGAGUUUCUUCAACAAGAAUAUCAGAUUUACCCACUAUUUUCCACGGAAAUGACAACAAAGUAUUGCAGCUUGCCUUGCAAUGCAUAUCAAGAGUCAAGCAAGCGCAGUAUCUCCUUAUCAAUUCCAUCUACUGCCUCGAACCCCAAGCCAUAGAUAUUCUUAAAAGCAUAUAUUCUUUGCCGGUCUACUCCAUCGGCCCUGCAAUCCCAUUCUUUGACAUGAAUAACAACCAUGACACAGAUGGCCAGAACCCCAACUACAUAGAAUGGCUCAAUUCUCAACCAAGAGGCUCUGUUCUGUACAUAUCUUUAGGGAGUUUUCUCUCUGUUUCAAGACAGCAGGUGGAUGAACUCGUCGCUGGUGUACGUGAAAGUGGUGUGAGAUUCUUGUGGGUGGCUCGCGGAGACAACUGGAAGCAAGAUUUUGGAGCAAGAGGGCUUGUUGUGUCUUGGUGCGAACAAUUGAAGGUUCUGUGCCAUCCUUCUGUGGGGGGAUUUUUGUCCCAUUGUGGCUGGAACUCAGUUUUAGAGGCGACUUUCGCUGGUGUUCCUAUUCUUACUUUCCCGAUAUUCUUUGAUCAGACUCCAAACAGUAAGCAAAUUGUAGAGGAUUGGAAAGUUGGAUGGCGGGGAAGAGAACGCACAGGAGUUGAUAAUGUUGUGACGAGAGAGGAAAUAUCAGUGCUUAUAGGGAGAUUUAUGAAUUCUGAAAGUACGGAAUGUGAUGAGCUGAGGAGAAAAGCAAAACAAGUUCAAGAGGUUUGUAGAAGAGCAUUUGCAGAAGGGGGAACAUCCGUAAAUGAUCUCAACGCAUUUAUUAAGGAUGUUUUACACAGCAAAGAUAUUUAUUGCAGAGACUAGUCAAUUCAAAGAACUCUCUCUGUUGACGAGUCAAUGGAAGCAAACAGAACAUGUAAUGAGAUUCUGUGAUAAAUGCAUUCAUGGUAUAAGCAUGUUUGAUACUCUUGAUCUUGAAUUAGGAUUCUUAGAAGCCAUUAGGAAAAUCCCUGAAAAAGAUUCCUCCCCAGGCCCGGUGGAAGCGGAUAAUGUUCCGUGGAAGAAAAGAAUCAUACAAUUCUAUCCUCAUUUGGCACAUAUUAUGACCGAUUGGUGCUCGUUUUUAAGGCCUUGUUCUCACUCCAUCGAUCAACAAACGCUCGCGUCGUUGAAGGCGCCUGGUAGACACAGCUGGUAGGGCGAUGGCGAGGAGGAUGGAUCAAGGGACAGCCCGGUUAAAAGCUUUCUUUUGAGUUUUGAACCAUUCAUGUGUAAAAUUCUGCAUGUUAGUGUUGGGAACCAAAAGCCUUCAUCAUUUUACCGUUAGUAUAUUUGCUCAUUUAAACUCUCUGGUUGUUAUGAUAAUCGUUCUUGAAGCAGAGAACAACUGAUUGUGGUAUCAAGUUAUUUUCUUUUUUUCUGGUUUAAUAAUUUUUUGAAUAAUCAUCAAUGAUCUAUUGGGAAUGGAAAGUGAUUGUAUGUUA